UUAUUUCUCUCUUAUUCUCCUAAUAUCCUUCGUCGGAAGUUCGAAACUGAAAGUCUGAAACCACCAUCAAACCAAAUUCCUUCCGCGAGAAGGUCAAUUAGGCAGCCGACUUCCGAAUCCCGGUCAGCCGUUGCAGAGUUCGUAUUUGAAUUCGGCGCAUAUUUUUUCGAACAGCUGCAGAGGCAAAGCAGUGAAGCCAUGGGUCGACCUCCCAGCAAUGGCGGUCCUGCCUUUCGCUUCACCCACACUGAGGUUGCUGAGAUGGAAGCAAUCCUGCAACACCACAAUCAAAUAAUGCCAGCUCGUGAGGUUCUUGUGGGCAUUGCUGAGAGGUUCAGUGAAUCUCCAGAGCGAAAAGGGAAGAUUGCGGUGCAAAUGAAGCAGGUAUGGAACUGGUUCCAAAACAGGCGUUAUGCUAUAAGAGCCAAACAAGGCAAGUCCCCUGCGAAGCUAAAUAUAACACCAGUGCAUCGGGAUGAGUUCCAUACAGUGAAAAAUGCUGCACAACCUGUAGCUACUCCUGCAUCUAUUCAUGCAACUACUAACAUGGCUGCUCCUUCAGUUCCAAUUACAGGAAGGGCAAUGCCAGAAACUACGAUCAUGGAAUUUGAAGCCAAAUCUGCUAGAGAUGGUGCAUGGUAUGAUGUUGCAACAUUCCUGUCUCGUAGAUACCUGGACACCGUUGAUCCGGUAACAUGCAACUCAUUUACUCUGGGUUAUCUUUGACAUGUCUGGUUAUGGAAAAUUAAACUUGAUAAUAUGCUUAAGAUAUUUCAUAAUUUAAAUUUUACAUAAUAUUUUGGCGCCAAUUCAUCUCGGUUAUAUUCAUAUAACUAGAAAAAGAAAAAUACAAAGAACGUGCUGAAAGUGCUCUCUUUAUCUGUCAAGGGCAUCUUCUUUUGAUCCGUUGACAACUUGCUUUCUGAUUUAACUUGGGGGAUUUCAGGAGGUACUGGUUAGGUUUUCUGGUUUUGGACCAGAUGAGGAUGAGUGGCUCAAUGUUCGCAAGAAUGUAAGGCAGCGUUCCCUUCCAUGUGAAGCAUCCGAAUGUGUUGCGGUUCUUCCUGGAGACCUCAUUUUAUGUUUCCAGGAAGGCAAAGAUCAAGCACUAUACUACGAUGCACAUGUUCUUGAUGCCCAAAGAAGGCGACAUGAUGUAAGAGGUUGCCGUUGUAGGUUUUUGGUGCGUUAUGAUCACGAUCAAUCUGAGGAAAUCGUGCCUCUCAGAAAAAUUUGCCGCAGACCGGAAACUGAUUACCGAUUGCAACUACUCCAUGCAGCAACAGAGUCGGUAAAUCACGAGCAGCAGAAAGCCGGUGGAGACCAAUCUAGUAUUAUCGGUAUCCAAAGGAUCUCUGCCCAUAGUACAGAAGGGGUGCCAAAGCCUAAUACUAUUACUACCACUGCAGCUACCAAGAUUGCAAUGGAACCAAAAGCUGUCGAAAGCAGCAGCAGCAUUAUGGUGAACGCUGGAAACCCUAUGCAGCUUGUCCCUAACCCUAGUGUUUCUUUACCGCCAACAGGCUUAACUGCUCAGAGUAUUCAUCCUGGUGUCUCCAGUUAGGAGUUGCUUGCAAGAGAGGCAAUGAUGUGUUUGGUCUAACAUUCUUUCUUACAUCCUUCAGUUUUCAGGUCCUCUCCCACAAUAUAGUGGAGAGACUGCUGUCAUAUAGAGAAUGCUGAUGUUAGCUUUGUAUUACAUUUCUUUGGAAACCCUUGUAGAUGGAGUGUCCUCCACGUAGCUUCUCUUAGUUAGUUAGGUUUACGAGUGGAGCUAGAUGAAGAGACUUGUCUAUUGCUAAUGAGUAAUGACACAUGAAAUGUGAUGGUGCUCA